AUGCCGGAGGUGUCACAUCCCACCCACCUUGAACCCAGCGAACUCGGGACGAAGGAGUACUGGGACGAAUACUAUGAGCGAGAUUUGGAUGGCGACGAGGCAGAUGAAGAUGAAGAUGAAGACGAAGGUAACAGAGAGGCCAACCCCGAAGAACCGCCCGAUCCAUCGGAAUUAGACUCCUGGUUCGACGACGUCGGCGCCCCAGCUAAGACACUCGCGUUCCUCACAUCAACCACCUUUCCGCUGUCGCCCAACUAUUCUGGGCGAAAGAGCGACGAACCAGACCGACUGGACAAUACCUCCCCUGCAGUCCUGGAUCUCGGCACGGGGAACGGCAGCGCGCUCUUCUCCCUCCAUCUUCAAGGAGGAUACACUACCGCUCGCAUGGUAGGCGUCGACUACUCGCGCCGGAGCAUCGAGCUGGCGGAAAAGCUGCGUCUGCAAUACGCGGCACACCGUACACAAGGGACCUCGAGUGCAAGCGCAACCGCAACCGCAACUGCAACCACGCUAGGAAACAUCGCCUUCUACACCUUCGACGUCAUCAACGAGGAUCCGAAAGUUCAAACAUGGUGGCCGCGCAGCGACGGCGAAUCCGACUCCCGUACGGACCUGAUCAGGAGGAAUCCAGGCUUCGACCUCGUCCUCGACAAGGGAACCUUCGACGCCAUCUCGCUCUCCUCGGACCGGGCCGUGGAUCCAAACACCGGCCUGGAGCGACGGAUCUGCGAGCUCUACCCGGCCAAAGUCCUCGACAUGACGAGACCGGGCGGGUUUUUACUCCUCACCAGCUGCAACUGGACGGAGUCGGAGGUUAUUUCGUGGUUCACGGGCUACGUGUCUGGUCGCUUGGAGGGCGGGAACAAUGAUGAUGCCCAGCAGGAGCAGCAGCAGCAGCGGUGGGGGGACACGUCCGCCAGGUUUGAGGUCUACGAUACGAUCAAGUAUCCGGUCUUUGAAUUUGGCGGGCAGAAAGGCCAGGGCGUCGCGACUGUGUGUUUCAGGAAGGUGCUGGGAAGUGAAGAACCCGGAGCUUAG